GAAGAAAGCUACAAUUGGGCUGGAAUUGACAGCGACUCUUCGGAUUUUUUUCUUACAUUUACUACGCUUUCCCAGCAACCAAACACAGAAUGAAAAUUGAGAGACUGACGGCUACACCUUGCAGCUCAAACCGAAAGCGGAAACAAGAGCUAGGGUUUUCGAUCUGAUCUUCUGGGCCUUGAUUGCUCAUUCGCUAUAGGAGCAGAGCCUCGCGCUUUCCUUCGUGCUUUCGAGUGUAGGGUUUGUUUGGUACUCCGGUCUGUCUCCCCAUUCUGAAACAGAGUGUAGGGUUUGUUUGGUACCCCUCCUCUUUUGCCAUUUCCAUCUACCGUCUUGAUCUUUUUCUUCUUCUUCUUCUUCAAAACCCUAGAACACUUGAGAAGGAGAGGAGUAAUUAAAAAAAGGCAUCAAGAUGAGGAUCAUGAUAAAGGGAGGCGUGUGGAAGAACACGGAGGAUGAGAUCCUCAAGGCGGCGGUGAUGAAAUAUGGGAAGAACCAGUGGGCGCGAAUCUCCUCUCUCCUCGUUCGCAAGUCCGCCAAGCAGUGCAAGGCUCGCUGGUACGAGUGGCUCGACCCCUCCAUUAAAAAGACUGAGUGGACCAGAGAGGAGGAUGAGAAAUUACUCCAUCUUGCUAAACUCAUGCCCACACAGUGGAGAACAAUUGCCCCAAUUGUUGGUCGUACUCCAUCCCAGUGCCUUGAGCGGUACGAGAAACUCCUUGAUGCAGCUUGUGCUAAGGAUGAGAACUAUGAACCAGGUGAUGACCCUCGGAAAUUGCGUCCUGGAGAGAUUGACCCGAACCCUGAGUCAAAGCCUGCACGUCCAGAUCCUGUGGAUAUGGAUGAGGAUGAGAAAGAAAUGCUUUCUGAGGCACGAGCUCGGUUAGCCAACACCAAAGGUAAGAAGGCAAAGAGGAAAGCCAGGGAGAAACAGCUUGAGGAGGCCAGGAGGCUCGCUUCUUUACAGAAAAGGAGAGAACUGAAGGCUGCUGGAAUUGACAACAGGCAACGCAAGAGGAAGAGGAAGGGCAUAGACUACAAUGCGGAGAUUCCCUUUGAGAAGAAGCCUCCUUCAGGCUUUUUUGAUGUUGCUGAUGAGGAUAGACCAGUGGAGCAGCCCAAGUUCCCGACCACAAUUGAAGAACUUGAAGGGAAAAGAAGAAUGGAUGUGGAAGCACAAUUAAGAAAGCAAGAUGUCGCAAAGAAUAAAAUUGCACAAAGGCAGGAUGCUCCAUCGGCUAUUCUACAAGCCAACAAGAUGAAUGAUCCAGAAACAGUUAGGAAGAGGUCAAAACUUAUGCUUCCUGCACCCCAGAUUUCCGACCAUGAAUUGGAGGAAAUUGCAAAAAUGGGUUAUGCUAGUGAUCUUCUUGCUGGGAGUGAGGAACUUGCUGAAGGGAGUGGUGCGACACGUGCUCUUCUUACAAAUUAUGCCCAGACACCACAGCAAGGAAUGACAACACCUUUACGAACUCCACAAAGAACACCUGCUGGUAAGGGCGAUGCUAUUAUGAUGGAAGCAGAAAAUCUGGCCAGGUUGAGGGAAUCUCAAACACCAUUAUUAGGGGGAGAGAAUCCAGAGUUGCACCCUUCUGAUUUUUCAGGGGUCACUCCUAAGAAAAGGGAGAUCCAAACACCAAAUCCUAUGUUGACUCCUUCAGCAACUCCUGGAGCUGUUGGUCAUACGCCUAGAUUUGGCACGACACCAUCAAGAGAUGGCUAUUCUUUUAAUAUGACGCCUAAGGGAACUCCCAUCAGGGAUGAGCUCCAUAUUAAUGAAGAUAUGGAUAUGCAUGAUAGUGCAAAACUUGAUCAAAGAAGACAAGCUGAUUUGAGAAGGAACUUGCGCUCAGGCCUUGGCAAUCUUCCACAGGCGAAGAAUGAGUACCGAAUAGUUAUGCAACCAGUUCCAGAAGAUAAUGAAGAACCAGAGGAGAAGAUUGAAGAAGAUAUGUCUGAUAGGAUUGCCAGAGAAAAGGCCGAGGAAGAGGCAAGACAGCAGGCAUUACUUAGGAAGAGAUCAAAAGUACUGCAGAGGGAACUCCCUAGACCUCCUACUGCUUCAUUGGAUCUAAUUAGAAAUUCUCUUAUUAGAGCAGAUGAAGACAAGAGCUCCUUUGUUCCUCCUACUUCCAUUGAGCAGGCUGAUGAAAUGAUAAGAAAGGAGCUUUUAACCUUACUAGAGCAUGAUAACGCAAAGUAUCCACUUGACAAAAAAAUGAACAAGGAGAAAAAGAAAAGUGUCAAGCGCUCUGCAAAUGGUUCUGAUUAUGUCCCUGAGAUAGAUGAUUUUGGAGAAGAUGAGGUGAAAGAGGCUGAUUAUUUGAUAGAGGAAGAGGUUCAGUAUCUUCGUCUGGCAAUGGGGCAUGAAAAUGAAUCCCUUGAUGAAUUUGUUGAAGCACACAAAACUUGCCUAAAUGAUCUGAUGUACUUCCCUACCCGCAAUGCUUAUGGUCUCUCAAGUGUUGCUGGAAACAUGGAGAAACUUGCAGCCUUGCAGAAGGAAUUUGAAAAUGUGAAAAAGAAGAUGGAUGGUGAUAAAGCUAAGGCAGAAAGCCUUGAGAAUAAGGUUAAAGUUCUCACACAUGGUUACGAGACACGGGCUAAAAUGACUCUCUGGCCAAAGGUGGAAGCAACCCUCAAGCUGAUGGACACUGCUGCAACGGAACUUGAGUGCUUCAAAGCUUUACAAAAGCAAGAGCAAUUAGCAGCUUCACACCGGAUAAAUAGUUUAUGGGAGGAAGUUCAGAAGCAAAAGGAGCUGGAACGAACUUUGCAGAGGCGGUACGGGGAUCUUGUGGCAGAGCUAGAUAGGAUACAACACCUCAUGGAUGAAUACAGAAUACAAGCACAAAAGCAAGAGGAAAUUGCAGCCGAGAAUCAUGCUCUUGAGUUGGCAAAGGCUGCAGAAGAUGAAAAUGCAGGCCAGCAAAUGGAUGCUGAGCAAGAACAUGCUUAUGCCAGUCCAAAACCCGAUAUGGAUGUUGAUACCCAGAAUGAGCAUGCUCCACUGUGCAUGGUUGAAAGUUUGUCUACUAGUAUGCCGGAUGCCGUGGGGGGAGAGAAGACAACACCAGUACAAGGUUAUAGUUCUGAAGGUACUACUGAUAUUCAGCUCUCCCAUUCAGAUAGAGAUAACCCUAAUGGAGUUCCAGAAAUAGUUGUAGGGGAGGAAAAUAAGACGGUUAUUGAGUCGGUUGAUGGGGCUGCUGCUGCUGCCGAUAUAACGCCUGAGGUUACCAAGGUGAAUCCAAAUUUUGAGGAUCAACAGAAUGUAGCGGAAGCCACAAACCGAGAUUGUGUCGUCAACAAGGAAGAAGAUUGUGUCCCAGAAACAGAUGACAACAAUGGUUGUGCCAACGGGGAUGCCAUGCAGGUCUCUGGUGCCCAAGGGGGCAUGCUGAAUUCAGCUGGUGAUAGCACUAACCAAAUGCCUAAUGUGUUGAAGGCUGAGCCUUUACUUGAUGGUGAUUCUGCUGAGAAACAAACUGAAACGGCAGAUAUGAAUACCAAUUCCAAGCAGGUCAUCACAAAGUUGGACGACUGAUGACUUUUUACUGUUCUCAGGAAUUGAUGAAAUCUUCAAUUGAACUUUCUGUUGUUGCUCAAGUGGUGAAGUGAGCGGUAACCGGGAGAUUUGGUACUGUUCUCUGAUUCUCAUUAUUCUCUACUGUUUUUUUCUUAUUAAAACACACCAAAAAAAGGUGAAGAGAGAUGGACAAGAUGUUAGUUUGGUGUCGAGUACGGUGCAACUGUUAUUUACUGAGAAACAGAAACUGUUGUAGAUUUUGUUUUCCUCCUCCUAUAAUGUGGUGUCAGUCUUCUUUAAGGUUUAAAUGAUUUGUAUCAUCAAGUACCCUAUAUUCUAGGUUUUGCAUUUUUGCUUAAUCCGGUGGUACCUCGUUGUAAACAAAGACUGAUGUUGAAGCUAAAUAUAGAAUCUUCUCCUUAAAUUUCA